AUGGUAGAGCUCGGGCAGAAGACACUCUCUGACUCACAUACUCCAAAAUUCAUGUCGCUUGGCCAUAUUCUGGUAGACCAGUACACCCAUAUGCAAGUUUUUCAGUUUCCCAAAUGGUUUCGGUGCCGGGGUAGCUCGGAGAUCAAGUUGGUGAAGCUUGUGGGGUCCAUUGAAUUGAAGAGGUGUACCGGGUACUUGUUCAAGAGGUGGAAUUUGGUGUCGCAUCUUGUCUUCUGGAGGAGAUUGAGAACGAAAAAUGAAGCGGAUCCCAUUAAAAUAACGAGGAAAUCAAGCACUGAAAAAGAUGUGGGCUCCCUUGGACUCAAGUGGCCAGAAGCAUCGUCAACGGUGUCGAGGGAAUUCAGGUAGUUCAUUGCAUGUUGUUUGCAGAGGGAUCCAGUGAAGAGAUGUUCUACUAGCCAAUUGUUUUUUGUACUUAGGGUUUUGGUGUGAGGAUUGGUUCAGGAAUGGAAAGGGCGAUGGCUCAAGCUGUUGAAAAAUGGUACAAACAAAUGCCAAUCCUUGUUCGGUCGUAUCUCACUCCUACAAUUAUUACACACCUAUUGAUUGCUCUCUCAAUGUUAGCCCUCUCUCGCUAUCAUGGUUUCAUAGUUUGACUUCCUAUUUGAUUAUCCCAAAAAAAAAAAGCGAAAUUCCUUUUUAGGGGUUGGGUUUAUUCUCAAAUGCGCAAUUUGGAAUUGCAUAGAUAUAAUUUAUUUGCAAUGUGCGUUCAACGUAUCAAAAUUGGGUGUUAAAUUUUAGUCCAUUCCCUGGUUCCAAAUUUGGAUCCUAUCCCUGUUUGAGCUGCAUUCACUAUUCAUUGGUCAUGUUUUACUUAAACAGGCGGGGUUCUCAAUGUAAUAAUCUUUGUGGUAUGAUUUUAUAUUUCAAUUGUUCAUUUGUUGGUGUACAGGAUCGACUAACA